UCCUCUGUCAAACCUUUGUGGACUAGCAGCAGUCUGUCGGUGCUCGGAGAGCACCGCCUGCCUUCCCAGAACAGAGCAGAGGACAGGGCUCUGACGGUGACCGAACCAAACGUACUCGGUGUGAGAGCGGAGCUGCGAAUGACCAGGAGGCGUUCAGUUAGUUCGGAUCUGCUGCGCGAGGACUGGAUAGGUUCUGGUGACGAGGAGCAGAACCUCGAGUACCGAGUCUAGAGGACAAUCGGCGGCUUUUAGCGUGUUGCUGUUUGAAGAAAAGUUGUUUCUGUCCAUCGGACACAGGCUGAGGACAUUUACUGUUGGAGGGAGCACUGUACGGACUGCUAGUAAAGAACAUUUUGACUCGGGCCAAAUUGAAAGAGUUGCAGAGCUGAGUGAGGCCCUGGAAUGAGAGCUCCCUGCCAUCCUGUCUCCCCCAGACCUCCAGGAGGAGCACGCUGGGCGACACACUGAGUGUGCUGUUUGUCUGAUGCGGUCAGGCUGCCAUGGCUCUGGUCCAGGCACUUCCUGUGAGUGACCAUCCCAAUCCAGGUCUUGACCUCCACCAGUGCCGGCCACUGUCACCCCACUCCCCCUCGGACCCCUGCUCCGGUCCUUGUGGGGCCUGCAGCUCCGACACAGCCAUGGGUUCAGUCAGCAGUCUCAUAUCAGGCAGGACAUAUCAAGAGAGGCACUGCAGGGCAGGCAGCGAAUUCACCAACAAACCACGUCGCUCCACGCCGGCCACCAGCUGCUUCCGGCUGCAGGACAAAACCCUCCGCAGUGGGAGCUCCCUGGAGCAGCUGCUGGUCAACAGCAACCAUACACAGCCUCAGGCCCAGGUUCUCCCUCCGCCACUGCCCACCAAAAAGCAGCCGCGACCUGGAAACUCUGCCGACGCAAGUGGGGGUGGAAUGGCUGCUGGAGCAGCUGGAGGUGGAACCAAUGCAAACUUUGGAUAUGUAAGCGAAGAGGUGGUUGUUGGAGACUGGAAUGACAACCUGAUGCUGACCGUCGCCAGUCCCUGCAGCGACCUGGAGGACCUAAAGGACAACGGGACUGUGAGCGGCAACAUCAGUGGACCUCCUCCCAAACUCGUCCCAGUGUCUGGACAGCUAGAGAAGAACAUGGAGAAAGUCUUGAUUCGUCCCACGGCUUUCAAACCUGUCGUCCCCAAGAACCGUCACUCGGUGCAGUACCUGUCUCCACGGCCAGGCGGCAGCAGUCUGUCUGAGAGCCAAGCCAGCCUAAACCUCCUGUUGCCCCUCGCCGCCCCCAACAGCACGAGCAGCACAAACAGCAACGUUGGCAGCUCCAGCUCCAGCUCUGAGGGGAAAACAAAUUCGUGCGGAGGCCGUAACGCUCGCAGCAUCCAGUCCUGCUCCAUGUCCGACUCUGGGAGAAACUCCCUCUCCAGCCUCCCCACCCACAGCAGCACAGGCUACAGUUUGGCCCCCAGCGAGGGAUCCAGCUCGGGGUCUGGUUCCGGGGGCUCGGUGGAGCCGGUGUUGGCUCUGGUUCGCAACACUUCAGGAGGAAGUGGCGGCCACGGUCACAGCAAUUCGGACAGCGGACGCUCCUCCUUCAGCAAAAGCACAGGCUCGGGGUCGCUGAGCGGGCGCGGGCAGCCCCUCUCCGACAGCGGGUCCUGUGGGCACUCGCCACCACCUGUGGAGGGAUACGAAGUGGUGGUGAAGGAGCUGGAAGAGAAACUGAGGGAGCGAGACCAGGAGCUCCAACAGCUCCGGGAAAACCUGGAUGAGAACGAGGCAGCCAUCUGCCAGGUGUAUGAAGAAAAGCAGCGACGCUGUGAAAGAGAGAUGGAGGAGCUGAGACAGAGCUGUGCAGUCAAGAUGAAACAGACGUCUCAGAAAGCUCAGAGAGCCCAGCAGGUGCUGCAGUUACAGGUAUUCCAGCUACAGCAGGAGAAAAAGAAGCUGCAGGAGGAUUUCUCAUCCCUGCUGCAGGACAGAGAAACACUAGAGAGAAAGUGUGCCACCAUCCAGAGGGAGCAGACGCAGCUGGGGCCUCGACUGGAGGAGACGAAGUGGGAGGUUUGUCAGAAGUCAGGAGAGAUCUCGCUCCUGAAGCAGCAGCUGAAAGAAAUCCAGUCUGAGCUCAGCCAGAAAGCAGGUGACAUUGUCGUGCUCAAGGCCCAGCUCCGGGAAGCUCGCUCCGAGCUGCAAUCGAGCCAGGGCCGAACCCAGGAGGCCCAGACGGCCCUGCGGACGAGAUCCCUGGAGCUUGAGGUCUGCGAGAACGAACUCCAAAGACGCAAGAGUGAAGCCGAGCUGCUGCGGGAGAAAGUCAGCCGUCUGGAGGACGAGUCGGGCCGGAUCCGCGACACACUGUCCAAUCACAGCGGAAACGCACCCAAGAAGGGGCUUGGCAUGAGCCUGUCGUUUCAACAGGGAAGAGUUGUGAUGGGAAGGGGAGGUCCCAGUCCCUACAUGUACCGUGAUGGAGAGGACAGUUACCUGGUGUGGGGCGGAGAGAGCGACGAAGCCAAGGCUCAGAGGCAGAAUGCAGAAACACUAAUGGGACUCAGACAGCAGGUGGAUCGACUGAAAGCCGAGCUCAUGUAUGAGAGAAGAACUGGCGAGGAGCAGCGGUCACGCUUUGAGGAAGAGAGGAGGGUCUGGCACGAGGAGAAAGAGAAAGUAAUCCGCUAUCAAAAGCAGCUGCAGCAGAACUACAUCCAGAUGUAUCGCCGCAACCGUGAUCUAGAGCGAGUGAUGAGGGAGCUGAGUCUGGAGCUGGAGAACAGGGACAUGGAGGACUACGAGGUCCGCAGCGGCAGCAACGACAUCCACUUUGAGGAAAUCACUGCCACUGAGAUCUAGACACACACACACACACAUGCACGUAAUCCAGUAAAAUGUGCACACACAACAUGGAGAAAACUCACUAAAGUUCCUGAAGAUGCAAACCAAACACUGAACUGUGGACCAAAUGCUGUACUAGCUUCAACGUGGUGUUACAUGGAGCGCAGAUCGAGCUCUGAACACUGUUAAAAAGGGAACAUCUCUCAAAGGUGCAUUUGUUAGUCCGUGUUAACACAGAUGUGCCCCACUAAUUCAUCUCCUGGCAUCUCCUGCAGUGUUUCUAUUAGGUUUUUACCUCUAUAAAGCCAGCACAAAGACUGCAUUCUUUCUGAGACCAAAAGCAUUGGGGAGCGUGUCAUUUUCAGAAUAUCUCCAAAUCAGGGUGUUUAAAUUAAACAGGAACCUAAAGCAAAAAAUUAUAUAUAUAUAUAUAUAUAUAUAUAUAUAU